UGUGUGUGUGUGUGUGUGUGUGCGUGCGUGUGUGUAUCUCUGUGUGCUUUGAGAUGAUUUGCUCCUCUGCUCACACGUGAAUACAGGAUCGGGACAGGUGGCAUCUGGCUGGAGGCGUGAGAAGAAGAUUCUUGCCGUCCCUGCCCGUACUUAAAUUCCAGGCAUCGUCCAAUAGCCGUCUCACUCAACAGCCCCAGAGCGAGCUCGAGCACAUCCAGACUGCCAAGAACUGGCCAAGUCAGGGUCAAGUCGAGCCGAGGCUGAAACUGUUCGGGCAAGUAUCCCUUAUUUUCUCCCUGGUCGUGGUCCUCACACAACCAUCACGAUUUCUUCCAAAGGCAGGCAGGACGAUCGUCCCCCUCUCACGCGGGUCGUCCGCAAGAAGAGACUGAUCGCUGCGGCGGUGGGAGUCGUCAUGGUCCUUCUGCUGGUGAUCUUGAUCCCGGUGCUGGUGAACUCGGCCGGAACGUCCGCCCACUACGAGAUGCUGGGCACCUGCAGGAUGGUCUGCGACCCCUAUGACACGAAAGCCACCACGGCGGCGGCGGCAGAGACGGUGCGGGAUCACAGCGUGAUGCCCUUACCCACUUUCAUCCAAGGACCCAAAGGGGAGCCGGGGAGAUCGGGGAAGGCCGGGCCCAGGGGUCCGCCCGGCGAACCAGGACCGCCGGGCUCUAUCGGGCCACCGGGAGGAAAGGGCGAGCCAGGCAGACCGGGACUCCCCGGCUUACCGGGACCUCCGGGGCCAAACGCCGGAGCCAUCAGCGCUGCGACCUACAGCACAGUGCCGAAGAUCGCUUUUUACGCCGGCCUCAAGCGACCACACGAGGGUUAUGAGAUGCUCAAGUUCGACGAUGUGGUCACUAAUCUCGGGAACCACUAUGACCCGACCACCGGCAAGUUUACCUGUUCCAUCCCGGGGAUUUACUUCUUCACUUACCACGUUUUGAUGAGAGGUGGCGACGGCACCAGCAUGUGGGCAGAUCUGUGUAAAAAUGGCCAGGUUCGAGCCAGCGCCAUCGCCCAGGACGCCGACCAGAACUACGACUAUGCCAGUAACAGCGUCGUGCUGCACUUGGAUGCGGGGGAUGAAGUUUAUAUUAAACUGGAUGGUGGCAAGGCCCACGGCGGUAACAACAAUAAGUACAGCACCUUCUCUGGAUUUAUAGUCUACGCCGAUUGAGGAAUGAAGGAACGGAUAAAGAAGCAAAUCGAAUCACUUCCUGCGGGGAUGUCUGAGGGCGAGAUCCCCACGCCAAGAAAGAUCACUGCAAACACCAAAUGGACGGUCUCCAAAUGUGCACGGUACUUCUGGAUACAGUCAGCCAUUUUUAUUUGUUGAAAGAAAAGCUAUUUGAAACAUACUUGCACAAAAGACGAUGUCCAUAUAAAUAAGCUCAGUUUUGGGUUAUUCUGACUUUUCUGCCCAAAGCAAUUUCUCAAUGUUAGCAUUGUAUUUGUGAGAGGAAGUCAGCCCAGUUCUGAGCAGAGGGGUCAAUUUCUCUAUAAAGCCUCAAGAUCAUGUGGGGGGAAGCAGGUGUUCUCAUCCUCUGAUGCUUUGAUGUAUUGAAUUUACAGCUUUAUCCAUUCAGCAUCUCUUUGGUUGUAGCGACUAACCAUUUCUCUGCUUGGAAUUCCACAUUACUCGCCGUGGUGAGCAACGAUUUUCUGACAACGAUUAUAAUUGCAAUGUUAAAUGAGUAUGCUGCUGUCUUUAAUAAGGUCAGUGUUUGCCAUCUAUCGGAGUUGAUCUUUCAUUUAACAAUUACACUUUAAUAUAAAGGAUAAUGUGUGCGCAAUAGAUAAUGUGCAGCUUUCUGAUUGCUGUGGCAUGAAUUUCAAAUUCGAUAUAUAUGUAUAUGCAAUAAGAUGCAAUAGAUUUUUAAAAUAAAUCUUUUAAUCAUAUAAGAUUAAGGUAUUCAAUGUUUUCACGUCACACAUAAAUAUCAUCAGGACAUUGAUUUUAUAACAAUAAAUCUCGUCAACACUUUGAUAGCAGUUAAUUUUUCAUACAUCAUUAGACCACUUGACUAAAUUGUACAGAUUUGGCCAUCCAAGCUUGCAAGUGAUACCCUUAGAUUUCAGCAGGUACGUCCCACUUCCCUGAUGAAUAAUUCCACUGCACGUAAAACCGACAGCCGCUUGCGAUGGGAUUACAGCCGAAAAACAAUCGUGUGAAGUUAGGAUACAGUUAAAACGUGCCUCCAACAUUUACCCUCAAUACUAAAUUUGGUUAACAUAAGGCGUUUGGCAUUUAAUUUCUUCCACAGUUUUAAUUGUUUUGGUUUAAUCUAGGAAUUAGACUCAUUUUGACCUCUGGUAUAAGGCAGACAUUUCUUUUCUCUAUUUACACGUUAAUUUUUAUUCAUCUCAUUCCAAUUCCUCCGUUAUUGCUUUGGACCCAGACUAAUGUUAUAAAAUAUUGCUGUCAAUUAAAAGAUGCAAUACCUUCAAAUGUCU